CAGAAAAGACGGUAUUUGGUCAUUUUUAAGGAAACCCCGUAGCAUAUGUGGCAGUGCAACGGUUAAACACUUGUACAGGUUGUUUUUCAGAAGAAGGUGGAGAAAGGAAAGGGAAGAGGAAAUUAUAUUAAUAGGUUAGGAAUUAACAAUGAACUGUGAACUGUGUAACGGUCAUUAAAACACAAGACUCUUGAGGAAGCACAUUGGAACUUGGUGGGCAGCGUUCGCCCGCUCUCUGUGAAUCCAGUGGUGAGGGCUUUCAGGAGGAUGGCUGUGUUGAGAUCUCUCCAUCUUGUGGUUUUGUGGGCAGCAGUGUCCUAUUCUAUGGCCUUUAACAUAGACGUUGCAGGACCUAAGAUUUACAAUGGAUCAGGACCCCAUGAAGACUUCUUUGGAUACAAGGCAUUGCACUUUCAGUCUGGGACAGAGAAACGGUUUGUUGUCAGUGCACCACUUCAAAGAAAUGGAACUGGAGGGGUCUUCAUAUGUGACGACACAAGUCCAGACUGCAAACCUGUUCUGCUGCCAAAUGCAGCAGAAUUCAAUUCUGAAGGUUCUAUCAAGGCAGUUGGAAUGUCUGUCGCUGUGAGAGCAACACCAACUCUCCAGUUUACUGCCUGUAGUCCUGCCUGGAGUCAUGAGUGUGAUGGGACCCCCUACCUGAACAGCAUUUGUUACCAGUGGAACAAUAGCAGUCUGGUCUCCAACAUCACCUCAGCUUUUAAAGAGUGCACAAAGCAGAAUGUAGAUCUAGUAUUCCUCUUUGAUGGAUCCCUGAGCAUGAAGGACGAAGACUUUGUAAAAAAUAAAGAAUUCAUGAAAACCAUCAUGGAGAGACUGAGUAACACCUCAAUACAAUUUGCAGCGGUUCAGUUUUCCAAAGUAUCCCGAACAGUUUUCACAUUUAAAGACUUCCAGGACAACAAAGCCAUUAAAAAACUGGAUGAUGAAGAACAAAUGAAAUCUGUGACAAACACACAUGGAGCCAUGCACUAUGCUCUGACUAAUCUUUUCGACGAAUCAAAGAGUGGUCGACACCCAGAUGCAACAAAGGUGGUGGUCAUCAUUACUGAUGGCAAUCCAUCAGAUCCUGCUACAGUCAAAGUGAAUGACACCUUAAAGAAUAUUACAGAAAUCUAUGAAGACCGACACAUCAUGCGCUUUGUCAUUGGGGUUGGAAAUGAAGUCAAAAUGGACAGACUCCGACUGUUAGCAUCAGAGCCCAAAUUUAAUAAUAGCUUCUACAUUGAUGAUUAUUCUGGGCUAACUGGUCUUCUAGACAACUUGCAAACAAAGAUUUUCAACAUAGAGGGUUCUAAACACACCAUGGGUCAGACCUGGGAAAAAGAACUUUCACAGAGUGGAAUGAGUGCUGAGUUUAUUGAGGAUACACUGAUUCUGGGAUCAGUUGGAUCCCACAACUCAAAAGGAUCCCUUUAUCAGAUUGAGGGUAAGGGCUCACCUGAAAAAGAAAUUCAAGACCCAGAAAUGCAGGAUGACUCUUACAUGGGCUACUCUGUUGCUGUUGGAAAGGAGAAUGGCAUUCCUUUGUACUUUACGGGUGCUCCAAGAUACAAGCACAGAGGACAGGUUAUUGUUUUCAGCAGAACCACCAGUAACUGGACUGUCAUACAAAGACUUGACAAUGAACAGAUUGGAUCUUAUUUUGGGGCAGAGCUGUGUGCUGUUGACAUUGAUUCUGAUGGCACCACUGACUUCCUCAUGGUCGGGGCUCCCCUACAUUAUCACCCUCAGAGAGAGGGCCAGAUGUAUGUGUAUGCCCUUACAAGAGAGAAUAAGCUGGUGAAGAUGCAGAACAUUUCAGACUCUUCUAAGGGCAGGUUUGCGUCCUCCAUUGCCUCACUCCGGGACCUGAACGGCGAUGGGCUCCAGGACCUGGCAGUGGGAGCCCCACUGGAGGAUGAGCACAGAGGAGCGGUGUAUAUAUACCUCGGAGACAAAACUAUGGGAAUUCGCCAAAAAUACAGCCAGCACAUCAGAGCGAGGAUGCUGUCAGAAGGUUUGCAGCAGUUUGGGGUGACCAUUGAUGGGAAGUCUAAUAUGGAUGGACUGACAGAAAUUGCAGUGGGUGCUCGUGGACAGUUGGUUCUGCUACGGUCCAGGCCUGUCUUCAAUGUGUCAGCGCACCUCUCCUUCAGCCCAUUAGAGAUCAGCACCCAGCAGUUUGACUGUACGGAGCACAAGGAGGCUUUCCCUACAGUCACCCUGACCAUCUGCUUCAAGUGGAGUGAGGAAACAAAAAGCACAAAAGAUGUACUGAGCACAGGGCUGACGCUGGACUAUGACCUGAUGCUUGACUCCCAGAGAAAAAACAGCAGAGGUUUUCUUGCAGCGAAAAACAUCACUCUGAGAAGUAUUCAGCCAAGGCUUCAUCUAAACAAGACCGAAAUGUGCCAAAAUCACACCAUCUAUAUGCCAAGCUGUGUAAUGGACACGCUGUCCCCUGUCAAAGUCAAGGUGAACUUCUCUCAAGCUGAGAGCCAGCAGCCUCAUGGAAUUUUAAAUGUUGACAGUAAGAGGGAGGCUGUAGUGGAGGUGCCCUUUGAGAAAACAUGUGAACACAAUGCCACAUGUGUGGCAAAGCUACAACUGGAUUUCAACUUCACCUCCCCAGCACUGCUGGUGUUCACUGAUCAGGACUACUUAUAUGUGAGAGUGGCAUUGUCUAAUGUGGGCGAUGAUUCCUAUAACACCAGCCUCCAUUUCCACUAUCCCAAAGGCCUGUCUCACUCCAAGUUAGAUGUUAUCAAGCAAAACAAGAGAACUCUGACUCGCUGUGAUGGAGACCCAGAUAAAACCGACCUCACCAUAUGCAGUGUGAGUCUUCCUGUCUUUCGCAGUCAGAGCUGGGCCGUAUUCAAUGGGUCAUUUCACAUCACCUCUAGUCUGAAGUGGAAUGAUUUCAUUACAAUGACCAUCACUGCGCACAGUGACAAUGGGGAUCCCAAGGAUAUUCCUCUAUCAAAAACCCUUCCUGUUCUUUUUGCAGUCGACCUAGCUGUGAAAUUCCUGGACACCCCUGGUGCCUCGACAACAUAUGUUGAUUAUUCACUGGAGGACAGAGGGCCUAAAACACUCACACAUAUGUACCGGGUAGCUAACAUAGGCAUGGUACCUCUACCGGUCACAGUUAAAUUUACCUUCCCAACAAAACCUGGGAACUACGUUGAAUUUAAAAGCUACAAUAUUUCACAACUUAAGGACAAUUACACCAUACAGUGCAGUCCCCCUCUGGAGACAAUUACUCAGAACUGUUCUAAGAUGGAAAGCUGCAAGAUGGUUGAGUGUCACAUUCCCACAUUAGACAAGUUUGAGUCAGUUGUGUUCACACUGACUGUGAGUGCAGCCUUCAACCUCAAUCCCAAUAAAUAUACAUUCACUGAAAUGAGGUUUAAUAAGGACUACAAAAGUUUUGUGGAAAUCAACUAUAAUCAAUCACGUUACAUACAGACUGGAAACGACCAAACUGUUCCUGGACAAGUUUCAGACUUCCAUCGGACUCAGGGUGUAAGCAGAGCUGAGUUCAUUGUUCCAAUCAACAAACCUCUGAUCAUGGGUUUAGCAGGUGCUGGAGGACUGUUACUGCUCAUCUUUAUUAUUGUAGUUCUGAUCAAGUGUGGAUUUUUCAAGCGUAACACAUUUGGGGAGGAAGGUGAAGGGGACCAGGACUUUGGUAACCCCAGUAAGGAGGAGGAUCCAGAAACCCCGGGGACUGUGGCAACACCGCCUGAGGCCAAGCCUCUUAUGAGCGAAGACUCCAAAGAAAAUGGCUCUUCUCCAGUGAAUGACUACAUUGACAAUCCCGUCUCUGAGAAAACAGAUGCUCAGUGUGAAGAGUAAAGUCACUUAGAGUUCUGGUCACCGGCCUCUAGAGGAUUUGAGUUGAAAAAGUACAGCCUGCUUCCGUUUAGAAAAACAUUUCAAAUGACAUCUCUCCACUCUGUGACUGCAACGUCACAAGUACGUUUAACUAUGCCUGUCGUACAGUAAAUACUGAAAAUAGUAAAUCAUUUUA